CAGGCACAGGGGAGGAACGAGGCUGCGCCCUCUUCUAAGAUGGCGGGCGCGGCGUCAGCGCGGCUCCCUGGGCGCAAGGCCUCUCUGUUACGCGCUGGGCGUAGGGGCGGGGCGGGAGAAAGCGAAAGUGGCGGUGGGACCGGAACGGCGGCGGCGGGACCGGGACAGGGAACGGGAGAGGGAGCGAGAGAGGGAGAGCGAGCGGGGCCCGCCGCGGCGGGCGGCGGCAGGGCAGACAGGCCCCCAGCCGGGCGCGGCGCGGGCGCCCCCUGCCGGCCCGGAGGAGCGGCGGGGGCAGCCCCGGGGGGUCCCCCCGUUGCGGGUUGCGGGACGCGGGGACCCCCCCGCCCGGGCCGGGCCAUGUCGCGGCUGGAGGCCGUGGCCAACGUGGCGCUGCGGGUGCCGGGGCUGGCGCUGCUGGACCUGCUGUACCGCUGGGACGCGGCGGCGCUCGGGGACCUGCUGCGGCCGCGCCGCGGGGACCCCCCGCUCCUGCGCGCCCCCGCGCUCCGCGGCGCGCACUGCGCGGGCCACGUCGUGUCGCUGGUGCUGCUGCUGCUGCCGCUGCGCUCGCUGGUGAAGCUCUACCUGCACCUCCUCACCGGGCUGCUGCUCAGCGCCGGCCACGCGCUGGCCAGGGACUAUGUGCACCAUGAGCUGGAGUCCGGCUUCCAGGGUCCUGUGUACAGCGACCCCGUGGCGCUCAGGUCCUGCAUCACCACCCUCGCAGCCCAGCUCUGCCUGUGUGCCCUGUGCUCGCUGCUGCUGCGGUGCCGGCGGCCGUGGCUCCUGGUGGCGCCGGUGCUGCCGGUGCUGGCGCGGCUCUGCGGGCUGCCCCUGCGCUCGCUGCCGCUGCUCAACGCCAUCGCCACCCUCCUCACCCUCACCGUGGUGCUCUACGUGCUGGGCUCCCACGUCCUCGUCCCCUUCCGCCUGGCCGCCGCCGCCUGCAGGGAGGUGAUGGAGGCGCUGGAGGUGUACCGGCUGGUGGCACUGGGGGUGUCCCUAUGGAGCCAGCUGGCCAUCCCGCUCCUCUUCCUCGUCUUCUGGCUGGUGCUGUUCUUCCUCCAGCUCUCGUCCUUCCUCACCUCGGGCAGCACCCCCCUGACCACGCAGAGCUUCCUCUUCCUCCUGCUCAGCAGCGCGGCCGAGUGCUGCAGCACGCCCUACUCGCUGCUCGGCCUCACCUUCACCGUGUCCUACCUGGCCCUGGGGGUCCUCAGCCUCUGCAAGUUCUACCUGCUGGGCUUCAGCGCCUUCCACGACGGCAACGGCAUGCACCGGGGGGUGACGGAGGGGGUGACGCUGCUGCUGCUGGCGCUGCAGACGGGGCUGCUGGACCUGCAGGUCCUCCAGAGGACCUUCCUGCUCAGCAUCAUCCUCUUCAUCGUGGUCACCUCCACGCUGCAGUCCAUGAUUGAGAUCGCAGACCCCAUCCUGCUGGCGCUGGGAGCCUCCCGCAACAGGAGCCCCUGGAAGCACCUCCGCGGCGUCAGCAUGUGCCUCUUCCUGCUGGUGUUCCCGUGCUUCAUGGCCUACAAGAUCGCCCACUUCUUCCAGCUGGAUUUCUGGCUGCUCAUCCUGGUCUCCAGCUGCAUGCUCACCUCGCUGCAGGUGAUGGGCACGCUCUUCAUCUACGCGCUGUUCAUGGUGGAGCUGGUGCAGGACACGCCGCUGGAGCGCAUGGACGAGAUCAUCUACUGCGUGACGGCGGUGAGCCGCGUGCUGGAGUUCCUGGUGGCCGUCAGCGUGGUGGGCUACGGCGCCUGGGAGUCGCUGUUCGGCGAGUGGAGCUGGAUGGGCGCCUCCGUCAUCAUCAUCCACUGCUACCUGAACGUGUGGCUGCGCGCCCGCUCGGGCUGGCGGAGCCUGCUCCUGCGCCGCGGCGCCGCCAGGAAGAUCGGCUCCAUGGGCAGGGCCAGCCGCGGGCAGCUGCGGCUGCACGGCGACGUCUGCGCCAUCUGCUUCCAGGACAUGCACGUGGCUGUCGUCACCCCCUGCAGCCACUUCUUCCACGCCGCCUGCCUGCGCCGGUGGCUCUACGUGCAGGACACGUGCCCCAUGUGCCACCAGCAGCUCGCGCCGCGCAGCACCGAGCAGCAGCAGCAGGAUGGCAGCGGGAGGGCUCGGCCGGAGCCCCACGGAGGGGAUGGGGAUGAGGGACCGCAGGAUGCAGGAGCCAACGCGGCGCCGCAGGACCAUGGGGCUGGGGACCGCGGCCCCCAUCGCCCUCCUCACCCUGACACCUGCGCCCCACAGCCCCGCGGGGACACGCAGCAUCCGGACCCCCCUGAGCUCACUGCCGUGGGGGGCAGCGGGGACCCCCACAGCGCCCACCACCCCUCCUAGCACCGCAGGCUGUCACCGCAGUGCCGGGGUCCCCCCGUGGGGGACAGGCCCCCCCCCCGGCACCGGGGUCCCCCUGCGGCCACACGGACUCUUUUGCAAUAAAGCCGAGGUGCCGCGGCUGCGCCCCACGGCCGGGGCUGCUCCUGCCACCCGCCA